UACUACCACUUCUAAUUAAUAUAUAUUAUAUAAGUACACCCUCAUGAACAUUAAUAUGUCUCCUCUGUUUUCUGCUAUUUUGUUACACCUUCCACUUAUGGCUUUCUGUUCUUGCUUUCGCCACCAUCAUUUGCCACUCAAGAUUAACCUUGUAGCGCCUGCAGCUAAACACUCGAAAUUUACAUUUCCUCUAAAAGCUUUGAACACUGAAUCUUAUGGCAUGCGUAUUGGAUUGAAGCUAGCGAGCGAACGGAGUUUUGCAGCCGGAGGACAAAGCAUUUGCAUACCAAACUCUACAAGCUUCACUCAUCGUCGAAGAAGCUUACGCUUACACGCCUCAUGGUUCGCGAGUAUGCAACUAGCGGGAGAUGCUUUUACAUACGGAACAAUUGCGGUUCUUCCAUUCUACACCCUCAUGGUUGCCGCUCCAAAAGCCGAAUUGACGAAAAAGUGUAUGAGAAGUAGCCUACCAUAUGUCGUGCUUGGGAGUUUAUACGCAUAUCUUGUUUACCUCUCGUGGACUCCCGAUACAAUUCGGCUUCUGUUUGCAAGCAAAUAUUGGCUUCCGGAGCUUCCUAGCAUAGCUAAGAUGUUUUCGAAGGAGGUGACUUUAGCCUCUGCUUGGAUCCACUUCUUAGCCAUUGACCUCUUUGCGGCAAGACAGGUGUAUCAUGACGGUUUGGAGAACAAGAUCGAGACUCGCCAUUCAGUUUUUCUUUGCCUCUUGUGUUGUCCAAUUGGAAUACUCAUCCAUGCCAUCACCAAGGCAUUUAUCAAAUCAUCUAGAGCAUCAAAAACUGAGACUCAAUGAUGUUAUUGUUUUACCCUAUAUAUAUAUGAGAUCGAACCGCAAUCUUCACAAAAA